CAAGAUAGUAUUGGCAACACAGAUGCUGUAUACCUUACCAUGAUACCAUCCAUGUAGUAAGUAAGGUGAUCACAGAUACUCAAUUUUAAAAACAGAAAUCUGCAGCACCGUUAAACUAAAAUUGACUAAAAUAGAUCUACUUCCGAUCCGAUGUUUUGCAGCCUAAAUCCAUUAAAUCCAUUGCGAUCAGUGCAAUAUUUUGUUAUUAGAUUAGAUAGAUUUUAAUAAUCCGAGAGCUUUCACUGGUCACUGGCCUGUGAGUUCAGCUAAUUGCUGAGUAUUUGUGAAAACAUUUACAGCGUUGUAAAAUGCCCCAAGUUUAAAGGAUGGAGAAGCCAAACACAGGCAACAAAGUAGUCACAAAGUUACUGCUGUCUGGUACAUCGUCUAUCACAGCGUCUUGCGUGACAAAUCCCAUUGAUGUGACCAAGGUACGUUUACAGCUUGACAACGAGCUUGUAAAGAAACAGUAUGGCUUCUCGCAUGAUAGACGAUACUACAAUGGAUUUCUCCAAGGAGGGUCUCGUAUUUUAAGAGAAGAAGGAAUUAGAGGUCUUUACAAAGGCCUUCUUGCAUCCAUUUUGAGAGAUGCAUCCUACAGUGCCAUUAGAAUUGGGGCUUAUGAACCAUUUAAAGAGCUGCUAGGUGCUGAUAAUCCAUACAACACACCACUAUGGAAAAAGAUCACAGCUGGCAUUAUUUCUGGUGUUAUUGGUAGCGUGGUAGCAAAUCCUGCAGACCUGGUGAAGAUACGGCUACAAGCAGAAGGACAUUUAAAACCGGGUGAAACAUCACGUUAUACUGGCACCUUGGUAGCCUUCAGGACAAUUGCUUUGCAUGAAGGUGUCAAAGGUUUAUGGCGUGGUGCAGGUGCGACUGUUAAAAGGGCUGCUGUUGUUUCUGGUACACAAAUACCAUCAUAUGACCAUAUAAAACACAGUUUAUUGAACUAUGGUGUCAUGUACGAAGGACUACAGUUACAUAUGGUGUCAUCGAUGGGUGCAGGUCUUGCUGUCGCCUUGAUCAGCUCUCCUGUGGAUGUUGUCAAGACAAGAGUAAUGAAUCAGAAAAUAUUAGACAAGCAUGGUACUAAAUACCGCAGUGCAUUUGAAUGCUUUUUUAAGACUUUAAGGACAGAAGGAUUACCAGGCUUGUAUAAAGGUUUUCUACCAAACUGGCUCAGACUUGGUCCCCAUACAAUGAUUACGUUAUGCAUUUACGAACAACUAAGAAAAGCAUUUCACAUUGCACCUGUGUGAAAAGACUCAGAAAAAUGUGUAAAUUGUUGAGACUUGGUUCUCAUAUAAUGAUCAUGUUCUGUGUGUAUGUACAACUAAGAAAAGCAUUUCACAUUGCAUGUGAGUGAAAAUACUUAGAAGAAUGUGUAAA